AUGUCUCCCACACUCCCAGGCUGGCGUCUCCUCUGGUCCGACGAAUUCAACGGCGCAGCUGGAUCUCUUCCCGACGAGUCUAAGUGGGAUAUCAAGAACAAUGUCCGCCCUGGCGAGUACAACCGUGAAGAGCAGCAGUGGUACAUUAAAGAUACCUGGGUUGUUUCCAUCAACGGAGAGUCCAUGCUUCACAUUAAGCCACAAUGGAACAACAACUGGUACUCGGCACGCCUUGAGGGGCGUGCCAGCUAUAGUUGCCCCGCUGGCAAGCAACUGAUGAUCCAAACCGAGCUUCGCACUGGUUACGCGCCCGAAGAAAACCAGUCUGGUAUCUGGCCCGCGUUUUGGACACUGGGGCAAGAUUACCGCAACGGCAUCAAGUGGCCUCACUGUGGUGAGCUAGAUAUCUUCGAGAAUGGCCAUGGGAGCAACUUGAUGAUGGGGGUAUUACACUAUGGAAAUGUUGGUGACCCCGGCUCUCAGCAAAUCUCCAGUGGACCUCGUCCAUUUGAUAAGAACGCCUUCAACACCUGGGCCAUCAAGAUCAACUGCACAUCCUCGAACUGGAAGGAUCAGAGCAUCACCUGGUACCAGAAUGGAAACGCGUUUCACCAAGUCUUUGGCCGACAGCUCACUUAUGGGAGAGAUGAUGCUCAGAGGGAAAUUUACUGGAAGAGGCUUGCCCAGUGGAACAUUUUCCCCAUCCUUAAUGUUGCAGUCGGCUCUUCGUUCCCUGGAGCUGGGCAGCCUAAUGCGAAUACGUCUAAGGGAUUGGAUGUGGGCCUGCAGGUUAAGUAUGUUGCCAUCUAUGAGAGCACAUAG